AUGUUCUCAAUAGAAGCGGAGACGAACGUUGCAUUCACGGAUACAUGUUGUGGAAAAACUUAUCUGUUUGUGUCAGCUAAUGUCGUUCUCAAGCUUUUGGGUAACCAUCUUGUGAGAGCAAGUAUAUUUUGUCGGGGUUUUGUAGAAAGUUUAAGAAUACUGGCAAUGCAUACAGCAGUAUCAUGGCUCUAUGCUAGUUUGAUGAAGGGUUCAAUUAUCAUUUGCUGUGAAGUCCUCCAAGUAAUUUCAAAAAAACUCGAUUCGUAUAAGAACUAUCAUCGACAAAAAGCUAAUCAUUUAUUUAUGUUCAGAUGGUCAACCAUUCCUUUUGAGAAGCUUGCUAUGAAACCUAUCUCAGAAGAUGUGGAAUGGUCCGGAACUAAAGUGUUGACCUUCCCCAACAUUGUUACUGCCAUGAUAAAUUCCAUUAACAAAGCAUGGUGA